CAUUCCAUGUGUUCUAUUCGAACUGUUUAUACUUUAAUAGAAAAGUUAAAGGAAGUUGUAUCUCUCCCUGUUUUGUAGUGUAAGUUAAGAUAAUGGGCAAGAAGAAUAAAGAGUCUCUUGGGAGAGCCCUCAUCAAAGAUAGAUUCUCUAAAAAUCGCAACAAAAAACAUGUCGAAGACAAUACCAUGCUCCACACUACAGAGGUGAAUGAUGGAUAUGAUUGGGGACGUUUGAAUCUCCAGUCAGUGACUGCGGAGUCUUCACUCCAAGAAUUUCUCUCCACAGCUGAACUGGCACAGAGAGAGUUCACUGCCGAGAAACUUAAUCUAAAAUAUGUAAAAUCUGUUCCUAGUGAAGUAGCCAUUGUAACAUCACAGCCUGAUUUUGAUGAGCCUCUCACUGUUCCACGAAGACCCCAGUGGAACCCUGGAGUAACAGCUGAAGAACAGCUCAACCGUGAGAGAGAAACAUUCUUAGAUUGGCGUCGGCAUUUGAAUGAACUUCAAGCUAAGCUUGGUGCAGCAGUGACACCUUAUGAGAGAAACUUGGAACUUUGGAAGCAGUUAUGGAGGACUUUAGAAAAAUCUGAUAUUGUAUUGAUAUUGUUAGAUGCAAGGAAUCCCUUAUUAUUUAGGUGUGUGGACCUAGAAAAGUAUGCAAAAGAACAAAAAUGCAAAAGUAUAUUAUUGCUGAAUAAAGCUGAUCUUACAAGUGAAUAUGAAAGAAAGUGUUGGGCUGAAUAUUUCAAUAAGGAGAACAUUCGAAUAGUCUUUUUUUCGGCCGCCAAAACUACGAAUGAGCGCAAAAUAUCUGAAUCGGAGAAUGAAACAGUACAAAAUGAAAAUAAUUCUGACACAGAUACGGCCAGUUCUGAAGAUGAAGGUAUUGAAGAAAUUGAUUUACUCCAAACCACAGAGGAUGAUAUUGAAUUGUUCAAGAAACAACUCAGUGAAAUAGAUAAGGCAGUAUCAAAUACAGCUGUAAAGUUAAAUAGGAUACAAGAAACAUUAGAUAAAGUACUUGAGAAUUUAAAGCUUGGUAAAUCUAUAGAACUAACGACAAAUGAACUAACGACAAAUGAAAUUGAUUUAGAAACAGUUGAAAAUGAUUCGUUUGGAACUGAAAUGCGAAAUACACACGAAAUAUAUGACAGAACUAAAUUGUUGGAAUUAUUGAAGAGCAUUGAGGUUGAUAAGUUAAAAGAUCCUCCUAGAUUGAAUGUCGGUAUGAUUGGUUAUCCAAAUGUGGGGAAAUCUAGUACAGUUAAUAUACUUAUGCAAACUAAGAAGGUAAGCGUGAGCUCAAUGCCUGGUCACACACGGCACAUACAAUCGUUGAUCCUUGACAAUGACAUUGAACUGUUAGACUGUCCCGGAUUGGUGUUGCCCGCGUACGCCGUUGCACCAGAUUUACUACUAACGGCCGUGUUGCCGAUUGACCAGAUGCGUUCCCACGACGCGGCGAUGGCGAGACUGUGCCAGCUGGUGAGCAAGUUCACGUUCGAACAGAAGUACGGGCUGCUGUUGCCGCGGACCGACGACGCGGACGAAUUAGACUACAAACAGAUACUGACCGCGCACGCUUACAAUCGCGGCUUCAUGACGGCGGCGGGUCAGCCGGACCGGUCCAGGUCGGCGCGGCUGCUGCUCAAGGACGCCGCCAGCGGACGCCUCAGGUGGGAGCAGCUGCCGCCGGGCUACCAGCCGCCUCCCCUCGAACAGCUCAUAGAAGACAGGAGGAACGAGAAGAGGAAGCCCACGCCCAUGGAAGCCAGGAUGGUCGAGGGUUGGCGAAACAAGUCUGAAGAGAUAGACAGCGCUUUCUUCGCUAUGAAGAAAAGUACAGCGCACGUUAAAGGAAAACCUAUUAUCGGAGUUACCGGUGCUCAAUCAGCAGAGAGACAGGUAACCAAACCGUGGAAGCAAGAGAAGAAACACGCCAACAAAAACAAACGAGAGAAGCUAAGAAGAGUAUACGCCCAUCUGGACGAACAUUGAAUAGCUAGUGUGAUACAUGUGUUUAUCCUUGUUUCUCCUAUGUAUUUUUUUAUUAGUGCAACUAAGAGGAAUAUAUGAAAUAAACGAAUUAGGUUAUGCAUAAUACGUAUUAAGAUUAUUUCCUAAAUAAAA